GGGUAAGUGCUGAAUUGUCUGUCAUUAAUUUAUUUACCACAUUGUUCUGAUUUUCAAGGACGAAAAACAAAACAUCAACGUAUUCAAGUUACCAGUUCCUAUAAUUGUUCAUAGAUGGCAGUAGUGCUGCAAUGCGGGUUCUUUCAGAAAAUUUCAAGGACAAAUUAAUCAUGAAUGUGACACUUAGUACUGUGAUUUAAAAGAGGAUUAUACAAGUGAGGGCAGAUUGAUAUAGAAGUAUGGAAACUGUAUUGUUUUGAAAAGUUAUUCAGAAAUCAGUUAUCUGAUAUUAUUUGUAAUGAAAUUAUGUUAGUGCUAAAAUCACAACUCAUUUUCCAAGAAAAAUGUUCAUUCAGUUGUGAGUGAUGUAAAUAUGAUUGUGUUGUGGAGUGGAUUUUGUUUUCUGCUGUGGAUGUUUCACCCAGCAUACACAGCACAGACAGACUUGCGACCCAACAUUGUGAUUAUAAUGGCUGAUGACAUGGGAUGGGGAGAUGUUGGGGCCAAUUGGCCUGAGACUGUGGAUACCCCAACUAUUGACAAGCUGGCACAGGAAGGUCUCAGGUUAACAGAUUUUCACGCGGGAGCUUCCGUAUGUACACCUUCACGAGGAGCCCUGCUAACUGGCCGCUUAGGCCUACGUACUGGUCUCACCAAGAACUUUGGUACAGAUUCGUUAGGAGGUAUACCUACCAAUGAGACUACAAUUGCAGAGAUUCUGUCUAGUGCUGGUUACAGACAUCUUUCUAUGGUGUUAACAGAUUUUCACGCGGGAGCUUCCGUAUGUACACCUUCACGAGGAGCCCUGCUAACUGGCCGCUUAGGCCUACGUACUGGUCUCACCAAGAACUUUGGUACAGAUUCGUUAGGAGGUAUACCUACCAAUGAGACUACAAUUGCAGAGAUUCUGUCUAGUGCUGGUUACAGAACUGCUAUGCUGGGAAAGUGGCAUCUUGGCACACAACCGGGCCACCAUCCACUGGACAAAGGGUUUCACUCAUACUUAGGUGUCCCAUACAGCCUUGAUAUGGGGUGUUCUGAUCCUCCAGGGGCAAACGUCCCUCUUUGUCCAGCUUGUCCUGAAGAAAACAGUGUGUAUCUGUAUGAUUCUGCACCUUCUGACUGCAUCAUGGAUCCUGCAUUGCCACUAUACAGGAACCGCUCCAUUGCACAUCAACCAGUGAAACUGGCAGAUCUAGCCACGAUGUAUGCUGAAUUUGCCAGUAACUUCAUUCACAAUACAUCUUCUGCUCCCUACUUCCUGUACGCUGCACUUUCACACAUGCACGUACCACUGGCCCACGCAUCUCAAUAUGACAACGUGACUGGCCGAGGAGAAUACAUGGACACUCUCCAAGAAUUGGAUGGACUAGUGGAAUCUAUCCUGUCUGCUGUGAAGCAGACAAACAACAAUACUCUUUUUUGGUUCACAAGUGAUAAUGGACCAUGGGAAGAAAAGUGUGGACUAUCAGGUUCUGUUGGUCCAUUUAUUGGGAUGUGGCAAGCAUCUCCUGAAGGAGGUGGAGGAGGUUCAGUGGCAAAAAGGACAAUUUGGGAGGCAGGGCAUCGUGUACCAUCCAUCGUAUACUGGCCUCAGCACAUAAAGGCUGGGACUGUAUCCAAUGCUCUGACAUCAAGUCUAGAUAUACUGCCCACACUGACUUCAUUAGCAGGAGUAAAUCUUCCUGCAGAUAGAUAUUUUGAUGGAAAGGACAUGUCAUCUCUCAUAACUGGCGGUGUCCGCAGUAUCAGGGAGGUGUUGUUUCAUCCAAUCAAUGGUAAUGGUGAGGAUGGAGAGAUAGGUGCAGUGCGUCUUGGGUGCUACAAAGUGGUGUAUUACACUGGAGGGGUUCCUGAUUGCUUCAGACAGUCUGGGCCAGCACAAAGCCACGCAGAUUCUCCAUUAGUAUUUAAUCUUGAUGUCGACCCUUCAGAGAGUUCUCCCCUUGAUCGUAACAGCAGUGAGUACUUUGUGGCAGCGGGCUUGGCAAGAAUGGCUCUUAUGGGUCUCCGGCAGAGCGUCAGAGCUGACAACACAAGUACAGUGGACUACAGCAGUAGUCAAGAGGGUCGGGUUUGUUGUGACAGAGACAGUCCCAUUUGCCGUUGUCCAUGGGACUAGGUGAUGACACAUACAGUGAUGGAUGAACUGCAGUCCAAGGGCCAUUGAGAAAACAGUCAACAUCUUCUCUGUACUAACAUACCGAAUCAUUUGGGUUUCCCAGUUUUUAGACUAUCUGGAGGAUUGAGUUCUGUCAGGUCUACAUGUGUGUGGUCAUAAAAGACAGUCUUGAAAACAUUAACUUUUUUCUGUAAUAAUGUUGCUGGUUGCCACAGAAGUCCUCAAUAAAACACGUUGUUUUUUUUGCAA